UCCACAACACUCUGCUCCUCACUACAGGAUUUCUGUGUGUGUGUCUGUGUGUGUGUGUGUGUGUUUCAUCACACCUGUGUAUGACCUUACCUGGAGCUUUAUUUCUGGGAGGAUGCUGUUUUGACACUUCAGGUGUCUGUGAGGUGUGUUACCAGAGGUUAAAGAAGAACUUCUUGUUCCUAUGAAUUGACAGCACAGGAGCAGCAAGUUGAUGAUCAUCGCACCUUAGCAGGAAUAUCAGCAAACAACAGCGGAGAAGGAGAUGAAGUUUCGAUCUGGGGCCAGGAUCUCUUUGGUCCUUACCAUACUGGCUCUGACUCUGUACGGAGGCAGCGUUGAAGGACAAAGGGCAGGUUGCAAGAACGUUCACUAUGAUCUGGUAUUCAUCUUGGACACCUCUUCCAGUGUGGGCAAGGAAAAUUUUGAGAAGAUCAGGCAAUGGGUGGCAAACCUGGUAGAAUCUUUUGAUGUAGGUGCAGAGAAGACACGUGUGGCUGUGGUUCGCUACAGUGACCGUCCCACCACAGAAUUCAACCUGGGCAGGUACCAAACCCUUGAGGAGGUCAAGCGUGCUGCUGGGAACAUCCGUUACCUGGGUGGGAACACCAAAACUGGAGAUGCCAUCAGCUUCACCACCAAAACCAUCUUUACAGAGAGGGCAGGGGCGAGGCCUGUCUCUAAGGGCAUACAGAAAGUGGCAAUCUUGCUAACGGACGGCAGGAGUCAGGAUUUUGUUUUAGAGCCGUCGAUUGCUGCAGCGGCUGCUGGAAUCAGGUUGUUCGCUGUAGGGAUUGGGGAAGCUCUGAGAGAGGAGCUGGAGGAGAUCGCAGCGGAACCCAAAAGUGCUCAUGUGUUCCACGUGACAGACUUUGAAGCCAUUGACAAGAUCAGGGGCAGGUUGAGGAGGAGACUCUGUGAAAAUGUCCUGUGUCCAAACAUGAAAGUCCAGGGAGGCCGGUUCAGACCGAACAGCACAAGUGCUGGACUGACAGAGGUCCCAGGAUUUGAUUUGAUGGAGUACUUCAAUGUCAGAGAUUUUCUUGGAGAAAAAUUUGAGCCAGGUCAGACGCCCUAUGUCCGCCUCGGUACCAUGCCCAUCGUCCAACAAACAGAAGAUGUGUUACCUCAGGGUCUGCCUGAUGAAUACGCCUUUGUGACCACAUUCAAGUUCAGGAAGACCUCUCGUAAAGAAGACUGGUACCUGUGGCAGGUCUAUGACAAAUACGGCAUCCCACAGGUCUCCAUCCGUUUGGACGGGGAGAACAAAGCAGUGGAGUACAACGCUGUGGGCCUGACGAAGGACGCGGUCCGAGCCGUCUUUAAGAACCCAGAGGUGGAAGAUCUGUUUGACCGUAACUGGCAUAAGAUCGGCAUGAGGGUGGACUCCAAGUCAGUGUCCCUGUUUCUGGACUGCAAGCACAUUCAGACGCUGCCCAUAGAGGAAAGAGAAGAUAUCGACAUCCAGGGAAAGACUGUCAUCGGCAAGAGACUCUAUGACAGCGUUCCCAUUGAUUUUGACCUCCAGAGGAUGGUGAUCUACUGUGAUGGUAAACAGUCUGAGCAGGAGACGUGUUGCGAUAUUCCUGGUGGCCCAUGUGAACAGUCUCUGGUGACUGAAGCCCCUCCACUCCCGCUGCCCACCCCAAAACCAACAAGUGCUGAGCAGAAGAAACCAGCCGAUGUCAACUGCUCCUGUCCUGCAGGGGAAAGGGGUGAGACAGGUCUACCAGGUGCCCUGGGGCCCAAGGGUGAAAAGGGGGAUCCUGGUCUUAAAGGGGCAGAAGGACCACCAGGAUACAAAGGGCAGAAAGGAGAACGUGGCCAGGCUUUCUCUAUCAAAGGUGAUAGAGGAGAGAAGGGGGACAGCGGCGAGCGCGGUGAACCUGGAGCCAGAGGAGAAAGAGGAGAAAGAGGAUCAGACGGUUUACCCGGUCUGGGUGGGAAACACGGAGAUAAAGGAGAGAGAGGUGAGAAGGGAGUUGCAGGUGAAGCUGGGUUUCCUGGACCUCUCGGACCAAAGGGUAUCCAAGGCGAUGCUGGUCCACCUGGAGCACCGGGUGCUCAAGGGGUGUCUGGUGUCACUGGAGUUAAAGGAGAUAAAGGAGCUUCCGGAGAAAGGGGUGAUCCAGGUUUAGACGGGUUCCCAGGGAAACCAGGUUUUCCAGGAAAAGACGGUCCUAGGGGGCUGAUUGGUGCUCCUGGUGCAAGUGGAGUCAAAGGAGAGAAGGGUGAACGAGGUCCUGCUGGAUUACCUGGCGAUGCGGUCCAGCUGGCAGGACUGAAGGGGGCAACUGGUAUCCCUGGUGAACGAGGACCCCCGGGAGCGGACGGCCCCCCUGGACCUCCUGGCCCACCUGGACCUGCAGGUUUGCCCGGUGUGCCGGGUGAGAAUGGACAAAGGGGUAAAAAGGGGGAUGCAGGAUUGCCGGGAGUUGAUGGUCUUCCAGGACCACCUGGCCCUCAGGGGCCUUCUGGGCCUCCCGGGAGCCCUGGGCAAACAGGACCUCCAGGAUUACCUGGUGAAAUCGGCUUCUCAGGAAAACCAGGAGAAGCAGGAAAACCGGGCCUUCCAGGAAAAGAUGGAUCAGAUGGUUUCCCUGGAAACGACGGCGAGAAGGGGCAGAGAGGUGAACCCGGACAGGACGGCUUCCCUGGAAAACCAGGACCUAAGGGAGAUGAAGGUCCUCCAGGACCACGAGGACCUCCUGGUGAACGGGGAGAGCCUGGUUUGCCUGGAGAAGUCGGCACAAUAGGACCCAAAGGAGAGAGAGGAGGCCAAGGAGAGAGAGGAAAAGAUGGAUUUUCUGGCCCGAAAGGAGAGAAAGGAGACAAGGGUGAGAUUGGCCCCAGGGGUCCAGCCGGGGUCCCAGGCAAUGUGGCCAAUGUGAUUCCUGAACCUGGUGAACCGGGUAAGCCGGGAGAGAAGGGAGAGAAAGGAGAUCAAGGAAAACCAGGCGAGAUGGGUCAAAGAGGACUUCCUGGAGAGCAGGGAUUCAGAGGACAAGCAGGAUCUGUGGGCCUUAAGGGGGAUUCUGGUGAAAAAGGAGAGGCAGGGAGAAACGGAGACCCAGGUCCACCUGGAUUGAUGGGCCCUCAGGGGCCUCGGGGGCUUCCAGGCAAUGUGGGUAUUCCAGGCAGCAUUGGUCCACCUGGGAUCGCUGGACAGAGAGGAGAGAAGGGAGAUGCUGGUAAAGAUGGUUCAUCUGGACCCCCUGGUCCACCCGGUGAGCCUGGUUUAAGAGGAGAAAUUGGUUUGCCAGGAAAAGGCAAAGAGGGUCCAAAGGGAGAUUCUGGAGCUCCAGGUCCUGCCGGACCUCCCGGACUGAAGGGUUUGCCUGGUCCACAAGGAAUGCAAGGGAUGCCUGGAAACAGAGGACCACCGGGAGAGGGAACCACUGGACCCCAGGGACCUCCCGGACCUGCAGGGCCACCAGGACCAGCGGGUUUGAGAGGACCUCCAGGAGUGAGCGGACCAGAGGGACCCGCGGGACACAAUGGUUUACCAGGAAGACAUGGAGAGAAGGGCAAUCCUGGAGAACCAGGAAAAGCUGCAGAUAUUUCUGAUCUGAACCUUAAGGACAUUUGUUCAGAUUGCCCCCCUGGACCAGCAGGACAGCCAGGUAUACCAGGACCUCCAGGUGAACAAGGUCUUACUGGACCACCUGGGAAAAAUGGACAGGAUGGAUAUGCGGGUCCUCCAGGACCAACAGGGCCUGCAGGACCACGUGGUGCUGAUGGAGCCAAGGGGGUCAAAGGUGACAGAGGUCCAUCAGGAGUUCCUGGAGAUAAAGGUGAAAAGGGCCCCCCAGGACCUCCUGGUUAUCCAGGGGCGGCAGGAGCUAUGGGUCAACCUGGUAAUGAUGGAAACCCUGGACCUAUUGGACCACCUGGAGCUCCUGGAGAAAAGGGAAAAGAAGGGCUUCCGGGAAUCCAGGGACCACCAGGUCUGCCAGGUCUAAUGGGUCUGAUGGGUAAACCUGGAAAGGAUGGAAGACCAGGAGAAACAGGAGAGCCGGGUAAACAGGGAGAGCCAGGACCACCAGGAAGAGACGGGCUCAGAGGAAUGCCUGGUUUCAAAGGUCACAGCGGGGAACCAGGACCACCAGGGUCAAAGGGUGAAGAUGGAAAACAGGGUGUUCCUGGACGUGAGGGUCCAUCAGGGAAAGACGGUAAAACCGGACCACCGGGGCCAGAGGGCAUGAGAGGACCACGAGGAGAAACCGGUCAGCAUGGAGAACCAGGACCAGCAGGCAAGCCUGGAUCUCAGGGAAAUCCUGGUCAGCCAGGACACAAAGGUGAAGCAGGGAGUCCAGGAUUACCCGGCUUCUCAGGUCCAAAAGGGCCUUCGGGUCCACCUGGUCCGAUUGGCCCAGAAGGCAAACAAGGCAUGUCAGGAAAACCAGGAGACAGAGGACAAAAGGGAGAAAAGGGUGAUAAUGGAAUAAAAGGAGACAAAGGACCUGUGGGAGAUCCGGGCAUUCCAGGUAACCCUGGGAUUCCUGGCAGGAAGGGUCACACAGGAAUGAUGGGCAUGUCGGGACCCCCAGGGGAAGUGGGUCCCGCUGGGCCGCCUGGUUCUCCAGGACACCCAGGCCUUCCAGGUCUCCGAGGUGAGACGCCAUCACUGGAACAAAUGCGGCGGCUUAUUCAAGAGGAACUCGCCAAACAGUUGGAUGCUAAGUUAGCUUACCUCAUGGCUCAAAUGCAGCCUGCGCAUAUCAAGAGCUCAGCUGGCCGCCCCGGUCCACCUGGACCAUCAGGUAAAGAUGGACCUCCUGGCCGACAGGGUCCACCUGGAGAGCCUGGAAUACCUGGACAAAAUGGAGCAGAAGGAUCCAGAGGUCCAGUUGGUCCUAAAGGUGAACGAGGUGCAAGAGGUGAAAAGGGAGAGGACGGUGUUGGACAGAGAGGAGAGCCUGGUCCAAUUGGUCCCAUGGGUCCUGCAGGUAUGCCGGGAUAUGGAAAAGACGGCCUUCCUGGAGCCGCAGGGGCUCAGGGAGAGCCUGGUAAUCCUGGUCCUCAUGGUCAGCCCGGACCUCCUGGACCGACAGGGCAGUGUGACCCCUCACAAUGUGCUUACUAUGCCAGUCUGGCAUCAAGACCUCAUACCAAAAACGUCAAGGGGAAUUAAUACACCCCUCACUGUCCUGGGCUAACCACCUAUUUAUGAACUUGGAAAUUCAAGCCAAGAUCAUGUUCUUUAACAUCAGGAGAGCUACUGAGUCUGAGGGGUGAGUGAAUGUGUGUUUAUAUGUGUUUGCCAGAGGCUUUCCACUACAGUUAAUGUGUUCUUUAACCCUGAGUUAAGGCCACUUUUAAUCCUGGGUUAAGCAACGUUUCACACUUUAGGUUUUGAAAAGGUGUUAGCAUGUAGCAUUAGCACUUUAAACAUGGGUUAUGAAUCCUAGUGAAGUCUGAUUUGAGGUGCUGAAGGGAUAAAAUGUUGAAUCAAUGCUAGACUAUUAGGAUCACACAGCCAUUAUUUACAGGUUUAUUUUUUUUGUGUCAUUAAAUAAGAGAAGUAUAAACAUUUAGUUUCAGUGUCUGAGAGAAAGUUAAACAUGCUAAAAUGAGGCAGAAAUAAUUAACAAAACAUGUUGAGUACUGUAUUUCAAUGCCCAAUCAAUCAAUGUAUUUUACCUCAUAAAAAUGUAAACCCAGGAUUGAUUGCUAACUCAGUAUCGUGUGAAUCGUAUUAUCCCAGGGUUAAAAAUGGCCCUUGGUUAACAGUUUUAAGUGUGAAAAGCCCACUAGCGUCCUGCCGGUCAGAGUUGGUUAUGAUUUGUAUUUAUUUUUUUAAUUAGAGGAGGGGUGGGUGGGUUUUUUAGUGAGUUUAAGCUCUAGGUCAUUUACUUCAAGUCAAGACAAUCAAAGCUUUCCGUGGAGCAGGAUGUGAAAGAGAUAUUUACUUCCCAGACUUCCCAGAUCUCAUAGUAACACAGUCGAGGUUGUGCCGCCCACACUCAAGUUCUGCUGACGGUGUUUACUGCGGACAUCGAUCUAUUGUUAGUGAUGUCUGUAGCAGGUCAGGAUGUGCUUAUGAAGUCUGGGGAAUUCUCUACUUGAGUUUUAUUGAUGAAGCACUCCGUUGCUCUGGGAAAACACACAGCGGGACUCUUUUCCACUCUUCAAUAGAAAAACUCAUUCGAGGUCCUGGAGGUGAUGGAGAAAUGUAUUUCUGCUCUUUUUAGUCUACGUUUUGUAAGAUAUAUCUCUUUUGUAGCCAUGCAUCAGAUAAGUAACGUGCAGUUUUUUCAUUUUGGAUCAUUAAACUUUUGUUUGUGAUGACUGAAAGGCAGCUGCUCAAUGCAAUGCCUGUUUGAUAGAUUAACACAGCUUGUUUGUCAUAAAAACACUUACCAGAAAUGCUGUCACUGCAUAAUUACACAUGACUGAUGCCUCUCAUAAUGUAUUUGUAAUAGGUUUGUGUAGCACUUUGCUUUAAAACACCAUUGCAUUUGUUAUUAUGGAAGUUCCAGAACACAAAGUCCUAAUUAAAGCAGAACUAUCAUUUGUGGCACUAAAGCGUUCAGAUGGAUCGAUCCUGUAGAUUGCUCCCAUGCAAGCCAAUUAAAGUCAUUGAAAGAGAAGAGACUGCUUCAGAACGAACUAAACUCUUUUCAGUCCACAAACAGGGACGCAAUUCAUCUUCAACUGACGGGCAUUGUAGUCAAGGAUAGAUUGCUGUUAGAAGGCUUUUGAGCAUUUCGUUGGUUUUGAGUUCACUUACCUGAAAUUGUAAUAUCCAAAAGAAACAAGAUUGACUUUUUAGUCUUAUUGCCCAAAUGCUACUUGUUUUUUUCUUUAAAGAACUGUUCUGUUUUCCCUUAAAAUCAUGUUAUCCUUGAAAGGAAUUUUCGGUAUCAUAAGUAUUAUUUUUUGAAUGAAAUAACUGACCUCUUCCCUUGUAGAGCUUUUACCCUCUGAUCAUCAGGUUUUUUUUUUGUUUUUUUUUUUUUGCAAAAGCUUUUUCUUAUUUUAUACAGACAUUUUAUUUUAUUUGAUCUUAUUUUAUCCCUAUACUUACCCGACAGAUAAGUGUCUCUGUGAAAGAUGGAGUUGUCUGUGCACAUCUUACAGCAUCAUUAGUGCAUAAGAAUGUGUGGAUUAAUCAUAUUCUAAUGCAAAACCAGAUGUGAUACUGUAAAGGCUAUGAUAGGCAAUGAAAGACAAUGACCAUGAUAAAGCUUAGUAAUCAGUAUUAUAAUCUUGCUUUUUUAUUAUUAUUAUUGUUUGUGCAUCUUUGCCCUGCCUUCACAAAUCACAUUCAAGAGAUGACGUUUUGAUGUAUCAUUUUGAAAAGCUUAGCUUAUUUCUGAUGCAAAUCUAUGUAAAUUAUGCUUUUUUGAUUCAAACCACAGAAAUCAUGUUUUCCUCCACUUUAUUCAGAUAUGGUUACUUUUUGACUUUGUAUCCUCCUGUUAGUUUGGCUUCUUCAGGCCGCUAAUGACUGUAUUUGUUUUUUCCAGAGCAGUUUGCAUUAAAUUAUUCUAAUGAACUGCAGGUGCAGGUGAUGUAAAAAAAGUAUAAUUUAUGCAUGAUAUAUUUCACUUGUUUAUACUGAUUCUCUGGUGCUACGGUUAAUCUUAUUUAGGUUGAUGUAUAUGUGUGUGUGUGGGGCGAGUGUGUGUCUUAAAGUCUGGAUCAGGUCCAUUUUCUAAGAUCGGGUUGUUAUUGUGAGGAAAAAAAUCUGUUAUUAAGUUUAUACCAUAUACAGUGUUCUUCAGUAAUGAAUUUACAAGUUUGCAUGUUUUAUUCCUGAAACAGUCUAUAAUGAAUCAUCAAUUGUAUUAACUAAUAUAAAAUGAUUAUUUGGUACGAUAACUUCCAUAUGUCCAUGCAGAUUUUUAGUCUGAAAAGGUUUCAUUUAAAAAAAGGCAAUUUUCAUUUCUGUAACUCUUCUUAAUUGUAAAACACAAUACGACUAAUAUUGUAAGAUUUGUAAGAAAUAAGAUUUUUAAAACCUUCAUUUUUUUUUUUUUUUUGUAGUAAUGCACUUACAAUUGACUUAAUAAAAAUUUGUGCUAAAAACACUUUUUCACCAAUUGUGCAUAUUUGUCUGUUGAACUAUUCUGUGGAAAACAAACAAUGCAGUCACUUGUUUUUAAACCCUACAUAAGGGGAAAUUGGUUUCUGUUGUAGAUGACAAUUUGUUAUAGAUGCUGUAUGUGGAUUUUAAGGUGUACUGAACCUUACAUGAUUACGUGCCAAUAAAAUCAUCAUUCUGGAAUAGUUCCUUUUCAUCGAUCUGUAUUUAUAAUAAUCUUGAAAAUGACCCUAAAAUAUGUAGUGGACAACCAACUAAGUUAACUACUGAUUUUAAGAUAAAAACAAUCUAAAUAAAACACCUGAACAGUAAAAAGUACUUUGUUUACCUGCAUGUGGUUGUGACUAUAAAUUGACUUAAUUGUAAAUGUGUCAUUUCAAUUAUUGAAAUAACUUACAUUUUUGACUUCGCCCCUGAGAUUUUAAAUUGACGGAGAUCAGCGGACAUGCAUGUGUGG